AUGGAAGGAACCAAUGACAGCUCCCCAGACCAUUUCAUCCUUGUGGGAUUCUCUGACAACCCCCGUCUGGAGAGGAUCCUCUUCGUGGCCCUCUUGAUAGCCUACCUCCUCACCCUGGUGGGCAACACCACCAUCAUCCUGGUGUCCUGGCGGGACCCCCACCUGCACACCCCCAUGUACUUCUUCCUCACACACCUCUCCUUCCUGGACCUCAGUUUCACCACCAGCUCCAUCCCCCAGCUGCUCUACAACCUUAAUGGCCAUGACAAGACCAUCGGCUACGUGGGCUGUGCCAUCCAGCUCUUCCUGUUCCUGGGGCUGGGUGGUGUGGAGUGGCUGCUCCUGGCCAUCAUGGCGUAUGACCAGUUUGUUGCUGUCUGUAGGCCCCUACGCUACACGGUGACCAUGAAUCCCAGGCUCUGCCAGGGCUUGGUGUCGGUGGCCUGGGGCUGUGGGGUGGCCAACUCCUUGGCCAUGUCUCCAGUGACCCUGCACUUGCCUCGCUGUGGGCACCGCAAGGUGGAACACUUCCUGUGUGAGAUGCCAGCCCUGAUCCAGAGGGCUUGUGCCAACACUGUAGCCAUUGAAGUCACUGUCUUUAUCCUGGCGGUCGGCAUUGUGCUGUCCCCCUUGGUGUUCAUCCUGGUCACUUAUGGUUAUAUCAUGAGGGCUGUGUUGCAGAUUAAGUAGGCAUCAGGGAGGCAAAAGGCCUUCAACACCUGUGGCUCCCAUCUCACCGUGGUCUCACUUUUCUAUGGAAACAUCAUCUACAUGUACAUGCAACCAGGAACCAGCUCCUCUCGGGACCAGGGCAAGUUUCUCACCCUCUUUUACAACAUGGUUACCCCACUUCUGAACCCCCUGAUCUACACCCUCAGAAACAAGGAGGUGAAGAGGGCACUGAGAAGGCUGCUGCUGGGGACAGCGAGGUAG